CUAUGGCAUUCUGGGACACAAAGCAGCAGGACGCACACUGGACGGCUGCUGUUGUGUUGGUUGCUGUCCUGGUCGUCGUGCCCUCUCUUCUCACGUCCACCUAUGCAGAGAUAGGUAAAAUGGAGUGCGUCCACGUGGAUUAUCUGUGCUUCUACCACCUGGACCAGUGUGAUGCAAUGUGCAAAGACAAGGCCAGCGCCGAGGGCAGUGAAAAUUACAGGACAGGAUGCGACGGUCCCGGUCCCGAUCCACGGCAUCAGUGCUGCUGCACCACGCUGCCACCAGGACCUCCUCCGCCGUUUUGGCCUCCGGGACUUCCACCGUACUAGUUAUGUUUAUGUUUGUAUGUGCGUAUGUAUCCAAUAAUUAAUAAUAAUAUAACUAGUACACAAAUAAUUUUUAUAAUAGCUA